GGUUUUUUUUUUUUUUUUUUUUUUUUUGGUCACAGGGAUGAGGAGUUGUCCUGGUUUUCACAACGAGGCUGGCUGCUGAUGCGUUCACGGACCCUCGUUAAUAAUCCUACUGUAUCCCAGUUAAUCACUAUUCGAUGUUAUAAUGUUAAAAAUCGAAUAUGGGCAGUGUUGGGCUGGUUACUCUUAAAAAGUAAUUUGUUACUCAUUAGUCAUUAUGCCUUUUAAAUGCAAUAUUAGUAUUGCUUGAUUUUUUACUCCAUGUCAACAAGUAAUUAGUUACCCACAAAAUUGGUUAUUGUGGUCCUUCUCCCCAAUGUUCAGACUCAAGGCGAUUAAAAUACAGUUUUGUUUGUUAAAAUAAAGGUAAUGGGAAUAUUUCUAGCCGGUAAAUGUAAGCAGUUCAAUCUUGGAUUGUUGGAUUUCAAAUCAGUAGGAGGUGAUAACAAAAAGAAGGUUGUAACUAGAAAUUUAUUUUGGGUGGGGUAACUGAUAUAAUUAUGGAGAUUUAUUAGUAAUUAGUUACACUUCUAGUUACUGGGGAAAGUAAUAUUAUUGCUAGUUAGUCCUUACUGGCCAACAUUGAUCCUUAACUGAUGCAAACUACCUCAAAGUGUAUUUUCAAGAUGGAUACUAAAAUAUUUAAGGUAUAAUAGACUAAAAUAAAUCUCAGAAGCUUAUUCUAAGGCCUCGAGGGAGUAGAUGUAUAUAAACACAUACACAAUACUGCUUCAUAGUGCUUCAUCAGGACAUGCUUUGACUAAUCAGUGCAUCUUAUGUUUUUGUGGUAAAAUUACAAGUAAACCUUUUUGAUGUUUUUGUCAAAAUGCAAAUUUUGCCCCAGUCUGUUUUCAUACUUUGUUGCACUAUUAUAUUUUCUGCACACACAGCUUGGCAUUUAGUUAGUGUGGAGAGAUAUUUAAAAAUACAGUUUAACUGUAUCAAAAUAUAUUUUUCUAAAUUAUAAUGGAUAAACUAUCAUUUUGACAUUAAAAAUUAUAUUCCUUCUACGUAAUUAAACUUCCAGAAUCUGAAUAUGCAUAAUAUCUUAAUUUCUGAAGUUUUCUGCUUUGAGUUAAAAAUUGGACCAGGGUUGACUUCCAAACUAUUUUUGAGUUCAUGUCCAUGCUCGUAGUCCCUUAAUUCGGUAUCCUCAGUGGGCACCGAGAAACUUUCCACUAUCAGCAGAUAAAUGUAAAAACCACCUUCUAGUGUCAGACUCUGCACAUACAUCAAUCUGCACAGUGAAGAUCAAACGUCCCACUGUAGGCUCAAGAAGAACAACAUUUUUGAGUGGAGGGGAACUUUAACUAUUUUGAUUCUGAUUCUGAUUCGUCCGAUUUUACUGUGAAUCCUGAACGCACCACAUUGUUGACGCAGCUUCCGACUCCGCUGUCAGUGCUGAAGCUCUUACUGCUGCUACAGUAGCUGUUUCUCACACAGUUACCCUCUGUUAAAUACUCUAGCCGUAAUAUAAUGUUAUAUUCAGGCUUAAAGCAGCGAUGAUCUUGUCUUUGCGGGAGUUUGGAUAGAUUCAGUAAAUUUAGAGCAUGUGGGUGCCCGAAGCAGGAACACUAAAAUGAAAAAAGCUCCGUGUUUUUGUUCACAAUCAACCAUUAUUUCUAGGUGUUAUGUACCUCAGUGCCCACUUUUCCAUUCAAAACUUCUCACAUUUUGUACAUAGGUUAGCUGUUGUGAGUAAAUGCACCAAAAGGUUAAGUUCAUCCUGUGUAACAUCCUGUAAAUCCACUGACAAUCUGACUCCUGUUAACCCUGGUGUGAUGCAUUCGCUGGCUCAGGAGAUCCAGGGCUUCUCCAAAAACCGUCUGAAGAAACAGUGCACACAUGUUACCACGGUGACAGGCAGGAAGCUGCUGGAGAGGAGGGCUGAUGGAGAGGAGGGAGAGGAGCAGGUUGAAGAGCUGGAGGAGGGAAGCGGAUGUGGAUUUGUGGAAGAUAAAAGUCUGGACCUUCAAGUCGGUGUCGUUCGACCCUUCCUACUGCUGGCCUCUCAGGAUGCAGCCCACGACAUUGACACCCUGCAGAGAUAUAAGGAUGGAGAAUGGACAUCAGAUACCUGCCCGGAGGUCAGCCUCAACAUGGCGUCUGGUAGCUGCUCUCCACAGGUCUCUCAUGUGCUUAAUGUUGCCUAUGGAGUCACUAACCUGUUUCCAGAUCAGUUGGUUUAUAAGACACUUCAGAUCCUGGACCUCCCAGACACUGACAUCACUUCAUAUCUUGGGGAGUGCAGCUCCUUCAUAGAUCAGGCACGAAAACAGGGCGGUGUGGUGCUGGUCCACUGUAACGCAGGCGUAUCACGCUCUUCCUCUAUCGCGAUUGGCUACCUGAUGUUGACGGAGGGGCUGUCUUUUGAUGAUGCAUACAGUCAGGUGAAGCUGGCAAGGCCCUCAAUUCACCCCAACCCCGGCUUCUACCAACAACUACAGAGCUACAAACCUUAAAGCUGUGUGUGAUUUUUUUUUUGUCCAUUUGGGAGCAGCAUAAACGAGUUGUGAACACAACACUGACAUAUCAACACCUUUGAAGUGAAUAUGAUGAACUUGUCAGCAAACAGUUGCCUCUUUACCCAUCCAAUACAGAGUGAGUUCAAUAUUCAUUCUGCUUCUAGCUCUGCUUUGGUCUCCACCAACUCCUGAGGACAAUAUCUGUCUGUUUAGCAGCUAAAUGCUCCACUGUGUUCACCAGCUUGUCGCUAACAAUGUCUGCCUGCUAUUUGGUGCUGUGCAGGCAGUGUAUAGUUAGUUUUUAUUAUAAUAUAUAUAUAAUAGUAUUCACUGAAUCCAGCCGCCUGCUGCUGGAAAUGAUGUUGAUGAGAGCUGUCAGAAUGAACCAAAAAGCAAUUUAUUGAAAGAUGUUUAAAUGUUCUGAGAACUACAGAUUUGGUGAUAAUUCAGUGUGUUUGUCACAGCGACUCUUCUCACAUUACACAUUGUGACUUCAUCCAUUGUUAAUAUAAAGAACAUUGCUUUAAGGAACUACAACUAUCUUCUUCAUCUUAAAAGAAUACAACACUCAAGGGCUUUAGGUUGGCUUUUCUUUUACCUGUGAUAAACAUUUUAUUUUGAAAAUUGUUGUUGUUCUCCUUAUCAAAGAUAAUGAAAAUGUGCCAUAUGUUUGUUCAUACACGUGCCCAGUAUGUAUGCAUGUGUUGAGUGUGACAAUUGUAUAAAAACACAGUUAGUGAAAACCUGUCAGCCUUUAAUUCCACAGUAGUAAAAUCUUUGUUAAGAAACUGAUUUCCUGUUAGAGCCGUUCAUUUUGGAGGCACCUUUCUCUUAGUUUUCUUUGCAGUAUGGAUUGCUUUCUAAUUAAAGACAUACCAGUUUUUCAUGAGGUACAA